GUGUUCUAGGCACCGGAAGGGAGCGUAGGAACCGGUGAAACCGUGCACAUGCGUAGUGCUAGCUUUUUCUUAUCCUCUAUCCCCGACCUCUCGCAGGGCUGAAUUCUCGCGAGAACAGUGUCUUAACGUUUUGACCUGUAGAGGUCCUCACUUUUCGUCAUGGCGCUGAAGGUGGCGAUAGCUGCUGGCGGUGCUGCAAAGGCAGUGUUCAAGCCAACUCUCCUCUGCCGUCCUUGGGAGGUUCUGGGUGCUAAUGAGGCCCCCUGGAGGAGCAUUUCCUCACAACAAACAAUUCCUCCAUCUGCUAAAUAUGGUGGGCGGCAUACAGUGACUAUGAUCCCAGGGGAUGGCAUCGGCCCGGAGCUCAUGUUGCAUGUUAAAUCAGUAUUCAGGCAUGCAUGUGUGCCAGUGGACUUUGAAGAGGUACAUGUGAGCUCCAAUGCUGAUGAGGAGGAUAUCCGAAAUGCCAUCAUGGCCAUCCGCCGGAACCGUGUGGCCCUAAAGGGCAACAUUGAAACAAAUCAUAACCUGCCACCAUCCCACAAAUCCCGAAACAACAUCCUUCGCACCAGCCUAGACCUCUAUGCCAACGUCAUCCACUGUAAGAGCCUGCCAGGAGUGGUGACCCGGCACAAGGACAUAGACAUCCUCAUUGUGCGGGAAAACACAGAGGGAGAGUACAGCAGUCUAGAGCAUGAGAGUGUAGCAGGAGUGGUGGAGAGCUUGAAGAUUAUCACCAAGGCCAAGUCCCUUCGAAUUGCUGAAUAUGCUUUCAAGCUGGCCCAGGAGAGUGGGCGUAAGAAAGUGACAGCUGUGCACAAGGCCAACAUCAUGAAACUGGGUGAUGGGCUCUUCCUCCAGUGCUGCAGGGAGGUGGCAGCCCGCUACCCGCAGAUCACCUUUGACAGCAUGAUUGUGGAUAACACAACAAUGCAGCUGGUAUCCAGGCCUCAGCAGUUUGAUGUCAUGGUGAUGCCUAAUCUUUAUGGUAACAUCGUCAAUAAUGUCUGUGCAGGGCUAGUUGGAGGUCCGGGCCUUGUGGCUGGGGCUAACUACGGCCAUGUGUAUGCAGUAUUUGAGACAGCUACAAGGAACACAGGCAAAAGUAUUGCCAAUAAGAACAUUGCUAACCCCACUGCCACACUGCUAGCAAGUUGCAUGAUGCUAGACCACCUCAAGCUCCACUCCUAUGCCACCUCCAUCCGCAAAGCUGUCUUAGCAUCUAUGGACAACGAAAAUAUGCAUACACCAGACAUUGGAGGCCAAGGUACUACAUCCCAAGCCAUCCAGGACAUCAUUCGUCACAUCCGCAUCAUAAAUGGCCGGGCUGUGGAAGCUUAACUAUCUUUGCAGUUAUCUUAACCUAUCCAUAGGACCCUCUUCUCACUCUAGCACUCCAGCUAGCAUGGUGAACAGGCUCCAGAAUAAAGCUACUUCUGCCCCAGAA